AUGGCGUCGACCUACGAUGUCGGCACCAAAGCUUGGCAGCCUGAUGCUGCUGAGGGCUGGGUCGCCUCCGAGCUCGUGAGCAAGACUGAGGAUGGUCCAAAGGUCAAACUGGAAUUCAAAUUGGAAAAUGGCGAGACAAAAAUUAUCGAAGUCUCGGCCGAGGGUCUCCAAACAGGCACAGACCCAGCCUUGCCCCCUUUGAUGAACCCGACGAUGCUUGAAGCUAGCGAUGAUCUGACAAAUCUUUCGCAUCUCAAUGAACCCGCUGUUUUACAAGCCAUCCGGCUACGGUAUCUACAGAAGGAAAUUUAUACCUACAGUGGCAUUGUUCUCAUUGCAACCAAUCCAUUUGCCCGCGUAGACUCACUCUAUGUUCCUGGCAUGGUGCAAGUCUAUGCCGGCCGGCACCGUGCAACCCAAGCACCGCAUCUCUUUGCCAUCGCUGAAGAGGCCUUUGCGGAUAUGGUUCGUGACAACAAAAAUCAAACGGUCGUUGUGUCCGGCGAAUCGGGUGCCGGAAAGACUGUCAGUGCCAAGUACAUCAUGCGCUACUUUGCAACACGAGAGGCGCCAGAUAAUCCAGGUGCUCGUUCGAAACGCGGUGCCGAGUCUAUGAGCGAGACUGAGGAACAGAUUCUUGCGACGAAUCCCAUCAUGGAAGCAUUCGGCAACGCUAAGACGACUCGUAACGACAACUCCUCCCGUUUCGGAAAGUACAUCGAGAUCAUGUUCGAUGACAAGACAAAUAUCAUCGGUGCAAAGAUUCGAACAUAUCUUCUGGAGCGUUCCCGUCUGGUCUUCCAGCCGUCGAAGGAGAGAAAUUAUCACAUCUUCUAUCAGCUUGUCGCAGGUGCCUCCGAUCAGCAACGCCAAGAGCUCAAUAUCCUGCCUAUUGACAAGUUCGAUUAUUUAAAUCAGGGCGACUGCCCUACAAUCGAUGGCGUUGAUGACAAGGCUGAAUUCGACGCGACGAAAAAGAGCCUGCAGACUAUUGGCGUCGCAAAGGAGCAACAAGCUGAUAUCUUCCGGCUUCUAGCAGGCCUACUCCACCUCGGAAAUGUCAAGAUUACUGCCUCCCGCAACGACAGUGUACUCGCUCCGACAGAACCGUCUCUAGAGCUGGCUUGCAGGAUCCUUGGCAUUGAUGCAACUGAAUUUGCCAAGUGGAUCGUGAAAAAGCAACUUAUCACACGAGGCGAGAAAAUCACUUCCAACUUGUCGCAAGCCCAGGCAGUCGUUGUCCGCGAUUCCGUCGCCAAGUUCAUCUAUUCCAGUUUGUUUGACUGGUUAGUCAACAUCAUUAAUUACAGCUUAGCUACUUCUGAAGUGAUUGACCGCGUCAAAAACUUCAUUGGUGUCUUGGAUAUCUACGGCUUUGAGCAUUUUGCCAAAAACUCCUUUGAACAGUUCUGCAUCAACUACGCCAACGAAAAGCUUCAGCAGGAGUUCAACCAACAUGUUUUCAAACUUGAGCAAGAAGAAUAUCUGAAGGAGCAAAUAGACUGGACCUUCAUUGACUUCUCCGACAACCAACCUUGCAUCGAUUUAAUCGAAGGCAAGAUGGGUGUCCUCUCUUUACUUGAUGAAGAGUCGAGGCUCCCGAUGGGUAGCGACGAUAGUUUUGUCAACAAGCUGUACCAAAAUUUCAGCACUGACAAGCAGCAUCGAUUCUUCAAGAAGCCUAGGUUCGGCAAAACCGCAUUCACGGUUUGCCACUACGCUGUUGAAGUCACUUACGAAUCUGAAGGCUUCAUCGAAAAGAACCGAGACACCGUUCCGGACGAGCACAUGACGGUUCUCCGAGCUACCAGCAACCCCUUUUUGAAGGAAGUUUUGGACGCUGCUUCCGCUGUCCGUGAGAAGGACGUCGCUUCAGCGUCAUCCAAUGCUGUGAAACCAGCUGGUGGGCGCAAAAUCGGUGUUGCCGUCAAUCGAAAGCCUACACUCGGCGGUAUCUUUCGCUCCUCGUUGAUCGAACUCAUGAACACAAUCAACAACACCGACGUUCAUUACAUCAGAUGCAUAAAGCCAAACGAGGCCAAAGAAGCCUGGAAAUUUGAGGGUCCUAUGGUUCUUAGCCAACUGCGUGCCUGUGGUGUGCUUGAAACCGUUCGAAUCAGCUGCGCGGGGUAUCCCACACGAUGGACAUUCGAAGAAUUUGCUCUGCGCUACUACAUGCUCGUUCCCUCCAAUCAAUGGACUGCUGAGAUCCGCCAGAUGGCAAAUUCAAUCCUGACAAAGGCACUCGGUACUUCCACCGGCAAAGGAGUCGACAAGUACCAGCUGGGUUUGACAAAGAUCUUCUUCCGUGCCGGUAUGCUCGCAUUCCUCGAAGGUCUUCGCACCAACCGCUUGAACGAAUGCGCUGUGAUGAUCCAGAAGAAUCUCAAGGCAAAGUACUACCGCCGCCGCUUUUUGGAAGCACGGGAUGCUGUCAUCCACACACAAGCCGCCGCCCGGGCUUAUAUCGCACGGCGUAAAGCUCAAGAACUUCGCACUAUCAGGGCAGCGACAACCAUCCAGCGAGUAUGGCGUGGUCAGAAACAGCGCAAGUCGUUCUUGCGUAUUAGAAACGACAUGGUUCUGUUCGAGUCCGUCGCGAAGGGUUUUCUCCGCCGCAAGGCGAUCAUGGAAGCUCGUGUUGGCAAUGCUGCCCUCGUCAUUCAGAGAGCUUGGAGGUCGCGUCAGCAGAAGCGAUCUUGGAGACAAUAUCGCAGAAAGGUUGUCCUGGUCCAAAAUCUCUGGCGUGGCAAGUGUGCUCGCCGUGAGUACAAGAAGGUCAGGGAAGAGGCUCGGGAUCUCAAGCAAAUUUCGUACAAACUUGAAAAUAAGGUUGUCGAACUUACCCAGUCACUGGGUUCUAUGAAGGAGAAGAAUAAGGGCCUUGUUUCGCAAGUUGAGAGUUACGAGGCGCAAAUCAAGUCGUGGAAAAAUCGCCACAAUGCUCUUGAGGCUCGAACUAAGGAGCUGCAAACUGAAGCUAAUCAAGCCGGCAUCGCUGUAGCUCGCCUUGAGGCUAUGGAGGACGAGAUGAAGAAGCUCCAGCAGGCAUUUGACGAAUCCACUGCCAACAUCAAACGAAUGCAGGAAGAGGAGCGGGAACUUCGUGAGUCGCUUCGUGUUGCCAACUCGGAGCUAGAGUCUGCCAAACAAGUAAGCAGCGAAAGGGACAAGGACAAUUCCAGCCUGAAGCAAGAGCUCGAGUCUCUACGAGAUGCCUUGGAAGUCGCCAAGAGAAAUGCGCCUGUUAAUGGCGAAUUGACGAAUGGGACAGCUCCGGUCCAGUCAGUGGCGACUGGCCUCAUCAACUUGGUUUCUUCCAAAAAGCCCAAGCGUCGCAGUGCAGGAGCCGAAACUCGCGAUGUCGAUCGCUUCAGCGGCGCUUACAACCCCCGCCCUGUCUCAAUGGCAGUCACAAGCACCGCUCACAGACAGAACCUCUCCGGGACAACGUUCAUCCCAGGUGUUGAUAAUAUCGAAAUGGAAUUGGAGACUCUUCUUGCUGACGAGGACGGCCUGAACGAGGAAGUCACCAUGGGCUUGAUUCGUAAUCUCAAGAUCCCCUCGCCAAACAGCAACCCACCGCCUUCUGAUAAGGAGGUUCUCUUCCCGUCUUAUUUGAUCAACUUGGUCACUUCCGAGAUGUGGAACAAUGGAUUUGUCAAAGAAUCUGAACGAUUUCUUGCCAAUGUCAUGCAGUCUAUUCAGCAGGAAGUCAUGCAGCACGACGGCGAUGAUGCUAUCAGCCCUGGCGCGUUCUGGCUCUCAAACGUCCAUGAAAUGUUGUCCUUCGUUUUCUUGGCAGAGGACUGGUACGAGACGCAGAAGACAGAUAACUACGAAUACGAUCGCCUCCUGGAGAUUGUUAAGCACGACCUUGAAAGCCUCGAGUUCAACAUUUACCAUACUUGGAUGAAGGUUCUCAAGAAGAAGCUUCAUAAGAUGAUCAUUCCUGCGAUUAUUGAAUCGCAGUCUCUGCCAGGCUUCAUCACGAGCGAGAGCAAUCGUUUCCUGGGUAAACUGCUGCAAUCAAACUCUCAGCCAGCGUAUAGCAUGGAUAACCUCUUGAGCUUGCUCAAUAGUGUCUUCCGCGCCAUGAAAGCCUAUUACCUGGAAGACUCUAUUAUUACGCAGACCGUCACAGAGCUUUUACGUCUUGUCGGCGUCACUGCUUUCAAUGAUUUGUUGAUGAGACGCAACUUCCUGUCCUGGAAGCGCGGGUUACAGAUCAACUACAACAUCACCCGUAUCGAAGAGUGGUGCAAGAGCCAUGACAUGCCUGAAGGCACUUUGCAGCUGGAACAUUUAAUGCAAGCGACCAAGCUGCUGCAGCUGAAGAAGGCUACAUUGAAUGAUAUUGAAAUUAUCCAAGACAUCUGUUGGAUGUUAUCACCCAACCAGAUCCAGAAACUACUGAAUCAGUAUUUGGUUGCUGAUUAUGAGCAGCCUAUUAAUGGCGAGAUCAUGAAAGCUGUUGCAUCUCGCGUGACCGAGAAGAGCGAUGUCCUCCUCCUCCAAGCUGUCGACAUGGAUGACAGUGGCCCAUACGAAAUUGCCGAACCUCGCGCCAUUACUGCCCUGGAAACCUAUACACCUUCCUGGCUACAAACCCCGCGCCUGAAGCGCCUGGCGGAGAUUGUGUCCGCACAGGCCAUUGCCCAACAGGAGAAGCUCGACUAUGGGGAAGGUGAGGAUUUCAAUCGACCUGCGAGCAUAGCCGAGGUUGAUGAGCUUGAUGCUGGGGACGAGCAAUGA